GUUUGGACGCUGUUUGUGUUCGCGCGUUACGUAUGAGAAAAAUUAUUUCAACUUCGCUACGAUAUCUCUAUUUCAACAGCACUUCUAUUAAAUGGAAAUGUUAGGAUAGUUAAGGAUAUACCUUAUCAGAGCUAUGGCGCACCAAGUGGUGGUGGGAGGAGCUUUGCUCUUCUUAUUAUGUUUUGCUCUGAAUACAAGUGCACUCAUCCUCUUGCCGCACGAUGUCCGCCCUGGCCACGCUGUUCGACAUUUUAUUGGUAACCAUUCGCGUUACACGCUACUUGAUCCGGAAUAUGAACCUUUCUUUACAUUACUCGACGAUGGAUUGCUUAUGACAACAGCUGAUCUCGGACCACUGUUGAAUCAACCUCUAAAUCUCGCCAUCUUAGAACAAACACCAUUUAGCAGCUCGGCCCAUACAAUUCAUCUAUUAGUUAUGGAUCGCAGAAAAAUGCUCCAUUUUUCUGAUGUUAAUGCCGUUCAUGGUGAAAUUCCUGAAAACGCUCCACCAGGGUCAGUUGUAGAUUGUUCUCCUAUAAAAGCCACUGCUUUAGUAAAUGUUGGACCCAUUGCUUAUAAGAUAACAAAAGGUAAUGAUCAAUCUGUCUUCGCCCUUCGUGAAAAAUCGCGGCCUAGUAAUUCCGAUAUCAAAUCGGUAAUAACAGAUGGAGACGUAGAAAUUGUUGCUAUGAAACCAUUGGACAGUGAAACUAAGAACCUUUACGAUUUAGUAAUUCAAGCGACUGAUUUACACGGAGCAAAUAAAGCUAGCCUUCCGGUUCGAAUCAACGUUAUUAAUGAGAACGAUCAUGAACCGAUUUUUGAACAAGAAAUAUAUUAUUUCGCUGUUAAUGGCACCUGUGAUGAUAAUUGUCACAACGGCACGGCUUAUUGGCAACGCUUUUCUACUAUUGGAAAAGUUCGCGCUUUUGACGCCGAUGGUGAUAGAGUAUACUAUUCACUAAAAGCCCCAUCGAAUCUUGCGGUAAUUGUACCCCAAACUGGAGAAUUAAUACUGGCUGGUGAACCGGAUGGACAUGAGGCUGAGCUGGAAGUUUUGGCUCAUGACGUAGGAAUCCCGCCACGGAAAAGCCAACCGGCGCAAGUUUUCAUUGAAUUUGUAAUACGCGAACGAAAAGACAUGCCCACACUGCAUCGUGAAAAGAGAAGAGUCACUCGAGCGGUUCGUCCUACUAAACGUAUAGAAUUCACCGAGGCCGAUGGCGAAGUUGAAGGGCGUGCGGUGUUUACUCUCGAAAAAGAAACCGACCGUGAGACAUUUAAAAUAAGGGACGAAAAUCCUUGGGUUACCGUUGAACCUAGUGGUGUAGUGAAAGUUAAAAAGAAGUGGGACUAUGAGGAGUUGGGACCUGAGAAGACUAUUGAUUUCUGGGUCACUAUCACGAACGCUGGGAAUGGAGUGGCACUAAAAUACACGGAUAACCAGCGGGUUAUUAUUCACGUCAAGGAUGUGAACGACGAGCCGCCAUACUUCAUCAAUCGUCCGUUGCCAAUGCAAACCGUGGUACAAUUGAACGCUGCUCCAAAUACUCCGGUUUUCACCCUGCAGGCCAGAGAUCCCGAUACAGAUCAUAACAUCCAUUACUUCAUUGUGAGAGACCGGACGGGUGGAAGGUUUGAAGUCGAUGAGAGAUCUGGUGUGGUCCGAACGAGAGGCACCGAUCCAUUCCAACUAGAUAUGGAAUAUGUCUUGUAUGUUAAGGCCGAGGAUCAGAGCGGUCGGGUUGACGAACGUAGAUUCCAAUCGACUCCGGAGGAGAGACUGAGUAUUGUUGGCGGAAAACGUGCACCACAGUUUUAUUUGCCAAGCUACGAAGCAGAGAUCGCUGAAAAUCAGAAAAAAGAUUCAGAUAUAAUUUCUGUGAAAGCGAAAUCAUUUGCCGAUCGUGAGAUACGCUACACACUGAAGGCGCAAGGUCAAGGGGCGGGUACAUUUAACAUCGGCCCGACUUCAGGAAUUGUCAAAUUAGCGAAAGAAUUGGACUUCGAAGAUUUAAGACAGCCCCAUGUCUACUCCCUUGUUGUGACAGCCACCGAAGAUUCAGGAGGAUUUUCUACAUCAGUAGAGUUGACUAUACGAGUAACUGAUGUCAACGAUAACGCACCGAAAUUCGAGCUGCCUGACUAUCAAGCACAUAACGUAGACGAGGAUAUACCACUUGGUACCAGCAUACUCAAGGUCAAAGCCAUGGACGCCGACUCCGGGAAGAACGCUGAAAUCGAAUAUCUUGUAUCAGAUGAUCACUUCAGCGUCGAUUCGAACGGCAUUAUAACAAACAACAAGCAAUUAGAUGCUGAUAACAACAACGCUUAUUACGAGUUUUCUGUAACCGCCAAAGAUAAGGGAGAACCGGCAAAAACCGGUACAGCCACGGUAAGGGUUUACACGAAGAACAAGAACGACGAGGAACCAAAGUUUUCACAACAAGUGUACACUCCCAAUGUAGACGAGAACGCUGGGCCCAACACGUUAGUAACAACCGUCGUUGCAUCAGAUAAAGAUGGUGAUAACGUUAGAUUUGGCUUCGUUGGCGGCGGCACGAGCUCAGGUCAAUUCGUCAUUGAGGAGAUCACUGGAGUUAUUCGACUGCACAAUAAAGCCAUAUCCCUGGACAGGGACAAGUACGAACUAAAUGUAACCGCCAUGGAUGACGGUGCAUGCUGUGUUAACGGAGACGCCACUAUACACACCUCUACGGCUGUUGUGGUUGUUUUUAUUACAGACGUCAACGACAAUAAACCUAUAUUCAAAGAUUGCCCGACGUAUUUUCCGAAAGUCGAAGAAGGUGCACCGAACGGGAGUCCCGUCAUAAAAGUGCACGCGACCGACGAAGAUAAAGGCGUUAACGGUCAGGUUAAGUAUUCUAUCGUCCAGCAACCGAAUCAGAAAGGCACCAAGUUCACAGUUGAUGAAGAAACUGGUGAAGUUUCUACAAACAAGGUCUUCGACAGAGAAGGGGAUGACGGGAAGUUCGUUUCCGUCACAGUAAAAGCUACAGAUCAGGGCGAACCCUCACUAGAGGGCGUUUGCUCGUUCACUGUAGAGAUAACAGAUGUCAACGACAAUCCACCACUCUUUGAUAGACAAAAAUACGUGGAGAACGUUAAACAGGAUGCCAGUAUAGGCACGAAUAUUUUAAGAGUGUCGGCAUCUGACGAGGAUGCCGACAACAAUGGUGCGAUUGUAUAUACGUUAAGCGCACCCUAUAACCCGGCUGAUAUAGAAUAUUUCGAGAUCCAACCAGAAUCUGGAUGGAUAGUUCUAAAGAAGCCUCUGGACCGAGAAACUUACAAGUUGGAGGCUAUGGCUCAAGACAAGGGCUUCCCGCCCUUGUCCAGAACCGUGGAGGUCCAGAUAGACGUAGUGGAUCGCGCGAACAAUCCCCCCGUAUGGGACCACACAGUGUACGGGCCCAUCUACAUUCGAGAGAAUUUGCCCGUCGGUGCCAAAGUGGUGUCCGUUAAAGCAAGCUCGGGAAUUGAGAACAAUCCAACUGUGUUCUACCGCCUCAUGCCCGGCUCCACGGCUCAGACGAACAAAUUCCAUACAUUUUACUUGCAACAGAGGGCCGAUAACGGCUUCACUUGGGCGGACAUUAAAGUCAACCAUCCGUUAGACUACGAGAGCAUUAAGGAAUACAAUCUUACUAUUCGAGUAGAGAACAAUGGAGCCCAGCAGUUGGCGUCGGAGGCGACUGUGUACAUCAUGCUGGAAGACGUGAAUGACGAGAUACCGCUGUUUACAGAACGAGAACAGGAAACUGUUCUUGAAGGAGAACCCAUCGGCACCAAGGUCACGCAAGUCAACGCCAUCGAUAAAGACGGGACGUUCCCUAACAACCAAGUGUAUUAUUACAUUGUGGAUUCCCCGCGGAACGAGGGUAAAGAUUUCUUCGAGAUCAGCAUGCAGACGGGAGAGAUCUUCACGAAGGUGGUGUUCGACAGGGAGAAGCAAGGAGCCUACGCACUGGAAGUUGAGGCGAGGGAUGGAGCGCCCUCUGCACGGCCUAAUUCAGACAACCAGCCCAACUCAGUUACCAAAUUCAUUCGCAUCGGCAUCGCUGACAAGAAUGACAAUCCCCCAUACUUCGACAAAGAGUUAUACGAGGCGGAAGUUGACGAAAAUGAAGACAUUCAACAUACCGUCCUUACAGUUACCGCCAAAGAUCAUGACGAAUCUUCGCGUAUUCGAUACGAGAUCACGAGCGGUAACAUAGGUGGUGCUUUUGCCGUCAAGAACAUGACGGGCGCUAUCUAUGUAGCGGGUGCACUCGACUAUGAAACUAGGAAACGGUACGAGUUGAAGUUGGCUGCUUCGGACAAUCUAAAAGAGAACUAUACGACAGUGGUUAUCCACGUAAAGGAUGUGAAUGACAACCCACCAGUGUUCGAGAGACCGACCUAUCGUACCCAAAUCACAGAAGAAGAUGACCGCAAUCUUCCCAAGCGUGUGCUUCAGGUCACUGCGACAGACGGCGACAAGGAUAGGCAACAAAAUAUUGUUUAUUUCCUUACCGGCCAGGGUAUUGACCCAGAUAAUCCUUCAAAUAGCAAAUUCGACAUCAAUCGAACGACAGGAGAAAUCUUUGUCCUUAAGCCCUUAGAUCGAGAUCAACCUAAUGGACGGCCUCAGUGGAGAUUUACAGUAUUUGCUCAAGAUGAAGGUGGAGAAGGACUUGUAGGUUAUGCCGAUGUACAAGUUAAUCUUAAGGACAUUAAUGACAAUGCACCUAUUUUCCCACAAGGUGUUUACUUUGGUAAUGUAACAGAAAAUGGUACAGCGGGAAUGGUUGUUAUGACAAUGACUGCAAUUGAUUAUGAUGAUCCAGCUGAGAGUAACAAUGCAAAACUUUGGUAUUCCAUCGAGAAAAAUGUUAUCGAGGAAGAGACAGGUUCUCCUAUUUUUGAAAUCGAACCAGAAACCGGGGUCAUUAAAACAGCAGUGUGUUGUUUGGAUCGUGAAAGAACUCCAGAUUAUUCUAUACAAAUAGUAGCUUCGGAUGGAGGGGGGUUAAAAGGAACAGGUACAGCAUCAAUCAGAGUUAAAGAUAUAAAUGAUAUGCCACCUCAAUUCACAAAAGAUGAAUGGUUCACGGAAGUAGAUGAAACAGAUGGAACGAAUUUACCUGAAAUGCCGAUACUCACAGUAACAGUUCACGAUGAAGAUGAAACUAAUAAAUUCCAAUACAAGGUUAUAGAAAACAGUGGAUAUGGUGCUGAUAAAUUUACAAUGGUUAGAAAUAAUGAUGGGACUGGAUCCCUUAAAAUUGUACAGCCAUUAGAUUAUGAGGAUCAGUUGCAAAGUAACGGUUUUAGGUUCAGAAUACAAGUAAAUGAUAAAGGUGAAGACAAUGAUAACGAUAAGUAUCACGUAGCUUAUUCAUGGGUAGUUGUGAAACUUCGAGAUAUAAAUGACAACAAACCGCAAUUUGAACGAGCAAAUAUUGAAGUAUCUGUGUAUGAAAAUGCAGAAGUCGGAAAAAGCCUCGAAACAUUCAAAGCCACGGAUCCAGACCAAGGAGGUAAAAGUAAAGUCUCGUACGCUAUUGAUAGAUCCUCUGAUAGGAAACGUCAAUUUUCAAUUAACCAGGAAGGUACUGUUAGCAUCCAAAGAUCUUUAGAUAGGGAAGAUACACCCAGACAUCAAGUUAAAAUUUUGGCUAUUGAUGACGGUGUUCCUCCAAGGACAGCAACAGCCACUUUAACAGUAAUCGUACAAGACAUAAACGAUAACGCACCCACAUUCCUAAAAGACUAUAGACCCGUUUUAACUGAACAUAUAACACCUAAAAAAGUGGCUGAAAUUCUAGCAACAGACGACGAUGAUAGAUCUAAAAGCAAUGGUCCACCAUUCCAAUUUCGACUAGAUCCGGGUGCUGAUGAUAUUAUAAGAGCCUCUUUCAAGGUCGAACAAGACCAAAAAGGUGCAAACGGUGAUGGUAUGGCAAUUGUUUCAUCCUUAAGAUCAUUUGAUAGAGAACAACAAAAGGAAUAUCUCAUUCCCAUUAUUAUAAAAGAUCACGGUAAUCCAGCUAUGACUGGAACGAGCACUUUAACAGUCGUAAUUGGUGAUGUGAAUGACAAUAAAAUGCAACCAGGUUCUAAGGAAAUCUUAGUUUAUAAUUAUCAAGGGCAAGCACCAGAUACAGAAAUUGGAAGAGUAUACGUAUAUGAUUUGGAUGAUUGGGAUUUACCAGACAAGAAAUUUUUCUGGGAGAGUUCAGAACAUCCUAACUUUACAUUAAAUGAAGAAACUGGAAUGAUUCAAAUGAAACACAAAACAAGAGAAGGUAGAUAUCACUUAAAAUUCAAAGUAUACGAUCGAAAACAUACGCAAACUGAUGUACCUGCAAACGUCACCGUUUAUGUCAAAGAAAUUUCGUCUGAAGCAAUCAUGAAUUCGGGUUCUAUAAGAAUAUCAGGUAUAUCUGACGAAGAUUUUAUAAGAGUAUGGAAUUAUAAAACUCUAAGUGUUUCUAGAAGUAAGUUAGAUAUAUUCAAGGAUAAAUUAGCGGAUUUGCUUAACACAGAACGUGAAAACAUCGAUGUAUUCAGUGUACAACUGAGGAAAAAACAUCCACCUGUAACUGAUAUUCGUUUUUCUGCCCAUGGAGCUCAUUACUACAAACCAAUACGAUUAAAUGGAAUAGUACUUAUGCAUAGAGAAGAAAUAGAAAGAGCCGUAGGAAUCAAUAUAACCAUGGUAGGGAUAGAUGAAUGUCUUUACGAAAACCAAAUGUGCGAAGGUUCUUGUACUAAUGUUCUUGAUAUUAGCAACUUGCCUUAUAUGGUUAAUUCAAAUAAAACAGCACUUGUUGGCGUUCGUGUUGAUGUUAUUGCGGAAUGUACUUGUGGUGCUAGAAAUUUCACUCAAGCUGAAACUUGUCGUAACUCGCCAUGCUAUAACGGUGGUAGAUGUAUAGAAGGUAAAUAUGGAUUGACUUGUUCAUGUCCGCCCGGAUAUACAGGACCUAGGUGUCAACAGACAUCACGGAGUUUUAGAGGUACAGGUUGGGCCUGGUAUCCUUCGUUAGAAAUGUGUGAUAGCUCUCAUUUAAGUUUUGAGUUUAUUACCAGGAAGUCCGAAGGAGUUUUACUUUAUAAUGGACCAAUUGUGCCGCCCGAACCAGAAGAAAUAGUUGUAUCCGACUUCAUUUCAGUUGAAUUAGAAAGAGGAAAUCCAAGAUUAUUAAUUGAUUUUGGAUCAGGUACACUAGAGUUGAGGGUAAAAACUAAAAAAUCUUUAGAUGAUGGCGAGUGGCAUAGACUAGACAUAUUUUGGGAUACCGAAAAUGUCAGAAUGAUCGUUGAUUUCUGUAAAUCGGCGGAUAUUCAGGAAAUGGAAGACGGAACUCCACCCGAAUUUGACGACUCAACUUGUCAAGCAUCUGGAACGAUACCACCAUUUAAUGAAUAUUUAAAUGUCAAUGCACCUUUACAAAUUGGUGGAUUAUACAUUGAACAUUUUGAUCCUACACAUUACCAUUGGCAGUACAUGCCAAUUGGAAAAGGAUUUGAUGGGUGUGUUAGAAAUCUAAUACACAAUAGUAAAUUAUAUGAUUUAGCACAUCCUGGUCUCUCUAGAAAUUCUGUAGCUGGGUGUCCGCAAACAGAAGAAAUUUGUAAUCAGGCUGACACAACGACAAGAUGUUGGGAACAUGGCACUUGUGUCGGAAGUUUCUCGGAAGCUAGAUGCCAGUGCCAGCCCGGUUGGACGGGACCAUCGUGUAAUCUACCAACAACACCAACAAGUUUUAGACCACAGAGCUACGUAAAAUUCGCAUUGAGUUUUGAGCCUGACAGGUUUAGCACACAGGUACAACUAAGAUUUAGAACUAGGGAACCUCAUGGAGAACUUUUUCGAGUAAGCGAUCAACACAACAGAGAAUAUGGCAUUUUGGAGGUUAAGGAUUCACGGUUACAUUUCCGUUAUAACUUAAAUUCCUUACGGACGGAGGAACGUGAUGUUUGGUUGAAUUCCGUACCAGUGGAUGAUGGACAGUGGCAUAUAGCUAGAGUGAGCCGAUAUGGUAGCGCUGCGACCCUCGAAAUCGAUGGAGGAGAAGGCAGAAGAUAUAACGAAACAUUUACAUUUGAAGGCCAUCAAUGGCUACUGGUAGAUAAACAGGAGGGUGUAUAUGCUGGAGGCAAGGCCGAAUACACCGGCGUUCGAACGUUUGAAGUAUAUGCAGAUUUUCAGAAAGGUUGUCUAGAUGACAUAAGAUUAGAAGGUAAACAUUUACCGUUGCCGCCGGCGAUGAACGGAACUCAAUGGGGUCAAGCAACAAUGGCCAGAAACUUAGACCGGAACUGCCCCUCUAACAGUCCCUGUAUAAACGUUCACUGCACCGAACCCUUCGUCUGCGUCGACCUCUGGAAUGAAUAUGAAUGCACGUGUCCGGGUGGAUCGACUCGGUCUGGCGGUACGUGUGUGAACGUGAACGAGUGCCUGAACAAUCCGUGCUUGCACGGCGGCAAGUGUGUGGAUCGCGAUCCAGCACGCCGCUACGACUGCAUAUGCACGUUCGGAUACGCCGGACAUGACUGUGAACUAGAACUUCUUGCCUCCGGAAUCAUCAUGCCCUCCAGGGAUUUCAUUAUUGCUAUCAUUGUCUGUUUGUUUUUGCUUUUAGUCCUAGUUCUGGUAUUUGUGGUGUACAAUCGUCGUCGAGAAGCCCAUAUAAAGUACCCGGGACCGGACGACGACGUUCGUGAAAAUAUUAUUAAUUACGAUGACGAGGGCGGCGGUGAAGAUGACAUGACUGCAUUUGACAUCACUCCUCUACAGAUACCCAUCGGUGGACCGUUACCGGAUCACGUACCUACAAAAUUACCAUAUCCACUGAUGGGUGUAGGUUUGGGAGUGGGUCCAAUGGGGGUAUCGGUCGCCCCCGCGGUGGUACCACUUCCAGGGGAGACGAACGUUGGCAUGUUCAUCGAAGACCACAAACGACGUGCUGACAGUGACCCUAACGCACCACCCUUUGACGAUCUCAGGAAUUACGCGUAUGAAGGUGGUGGCAGUACUGCGGGCUCCCUCUCGUCCCUUGCUUCUGGUACCGACGAUGAGGUACACGACUACGACUAUUUGGGUGCCUGGGGUCCUCGUUUCGACAAACUGGCUGAUCUCUACGGGCCCGAACUCGACGAGCAACUGUAAACCUCCCAUCACCCCGCUAAUUAGUCAAUUGUCACCAUCACUUAAUACCACUCCCAUAUAUUUAGUAUAUACGUGCGUGUAACUCUUAUCAAUUUUCUAAAAUUUUUAUUUUAUACAAUAGCUAGCUUAAGUAUCUUUUAAGGUAUGUGAGUUUGAUUACAUUUUUACAAGGUUCCAACCUGUCUUCACCAAAUAUUUGAUAUUAGUUUUAUUCGAUUUAGCCAUAUUAUGAGUCAGUAUUUUAUUGGAAGUUAUCUAUGUAAGUGGAUUACUGCGAGAGGGCCUGUACGUGAAUCUGAACGGUGGGUGUUUGUAGAUAGUGUGCUAUAAAUGUGAAUAAUUUAUACGAAUAUUUUGUAAGUCCACAGCUUUACGUGAUAUCACUUAAUGUAUGGCCCUUCCGCAUUAAACCGAUAUACCUAAUAAAAUAAAUAUGUUAUAUUUUAUAUUAAUUAUAGUAAUUAAUGUCCCUUUGGACCUCGAGUUUAUAAUGCUCAUUCUACAUGUGAGAAAUCACUGGGGUAUGUAUAUAUUGAGAACAGCCCUCGUUUAUCUUAGUUUAAAAUAUGUAAAACAAUUGUCAUUUUACUCAAAAUUUUAUAUUAAGUCUGUACAGUAACUGGUGUUCCUCUCCAAGUCUCCAUGUAGUGUUAGAUGAUAAACAUUAGAAUUAUCACGGCGGUCUACGGUCUACUCGUGUAGUAGCUAAAUAUGGGUAGCGUUCGGAAUUUCGUUCGGUGUGAUUGUAGCGAAUGUUUGAUGUCUGUGUCGGGAACUAGCCGUGUAAGCACUCUUACAAAUAAUGAUACGCAUUAUAUGAAAUGUCUUAUGACAGCCGAAAUAAAGCUAUUAUACCCAUACGAAUUCCUAAAAGCCUAUCAAUUUAAUAUGACAGUAUAUUUAGUACUAAAUGUCAUCACGUUCCCGAUGCGUUACUCAUAAAGGUUCUCAAAAGGUGGCACGCGUGCGUGUCAGAUACGUUAAUGUACGUGGCGUCAGGCGUGCGUAUAAAACGUCGCCUACCUUAUCUUACUACGAGUUUAAUUCGUUUAACAUAAAUUUGAUAGUUUCAAUGUUUUUCACGAAUAAAAUUAAUUAUAUUCGUAUCGUGUUCGUUUAAUGAAUGGAUAACAUCGAAUCUGAUUACAUUACAUUAUCGUUGAAAACUCGUGGUAAACUUAAAGUCGUCUACCGUAUGAACGUGUGAGUGAGAUCGGUGUGAAUGGGAAUGUGCCAAUCUAUUAGCAUCGUCGAUGCAGCUAAUGACCGUAGAGUUAAAUGUUUGCACUUUAUUUAUUCAAUAUAUUUACAUAUAAAAUUAGACGCACCUAGGGAAAUAUCAAUAACAUAAUAAGAGUGUUGUGCUAGAGUUAUACCAUCGAUUUUGACGUGAGAUAGUUGAUGCAACCGUUAGAAGUCACUAAUGUAAUGAUAAUGUUUAAGAAUUUAUAAUAAAAUAAUUUAAUUACAGGUUCUAAAUAACUGUCUCACUUCGACAUCGAAUUAGGAUCAGUGUACAUUUUAGAAUAUACUGAAUUAUGUUAAAAUGACUGAUUUAUUAUGCGUUUGAUGCCUAAGAGUUUUGUAGAUUCGUUUGUUUGAUUGUAAACUUCGAAUACUAUAAUAACACCUAGUAUGCACAUAAAAUAUUCAAUAUUCAAUAAAUGAAGCAAUUCUCGUUAAUUAAUAUUUAUGUAAGUAGUCAGUUUGUGAAUGGAAACUUUAGUUUUUACUGUUUUUUUUCUUUUAAUGUUACACUGCCAAUAAUCAUAUACAAGGAUUAAGAUAGCGUUCGAUCGGUUUUAUAUAUUUCAAUCGUAACAACGGAGGAAUUUUAAGUUAUUUUUAAUAUUUGUAAACUACCUUCCCCUCCGUAUACAAACUUGCAAUGUACUGAAUAUUGAUUUUCCUCUCAAGCUCUGCUUUGUCUCGUGUACUAUAUAAUCAUUAGAUUUGUGUGUAGUGUCUGGGCGAAGCUAUUAUUACAUAGAAAUUUCAACAACUACGUCCGACACUAAUCUAGGAGUCUCCUCACGCUUGCUCCUUGUAUGGAGCGCCACGAAACGCUAUGUAUUUGAAAGUUUUUUGUACACUUAAGUAAGACAGCAGAGCACAGAACCCAGUACAAAGUAUGAGUGUUCCGAUCGCGACACGUUUUUUAUUUUAUUUUAGACAGUAAUUAAUUAUUGUACCUACAUAGUUAUGUUUUGUUUCAACUGUGAUUAUUUAGUUGUACAACUCUGAUGAUUACAUAAAACAAUUAAAUAAAAUAUUUGAAAA